GGGAACAUUGAUGGAGUUUAUGUUUUACCACCCAUCAAGUACCCAGAUGGUAAUUGGUACUUGAAGCUGGGUCAUGGAAGGGCUUAUGAAGAGAGGAAGACCACGUUGUGUGAAGUUAGAGAAUGGUACAUCCAGCAGUCUGGCCUUCCUGAGUGUGUGGAUGAGUUGGUAAAAUACUUCUGUCAUCUUUUACCUGGUCUAACAGUGGAGAAAGUGUCUGGAGAUGGAUGCCUGACAUCCCAUACACCUACCUCAUACCCAUAUAUAGACACAGUCACAGAUGGCUUUGGUGUGGCUCUGGGUGGAAAUGGAUGUGCAGCCAAAGCCUGUGAUGAAGUUGGUCGACUUGCUGCUCGUCUUGUUGUUCUUGGGGAGUGGGAAUCUGAAGUUCCUAAAGAAUGCUUGAAGAUCAUAUGGAAACCAUCUCAGCUAUGAGUUGAUAUGAUUAUUAAACCUUAAAUUGUGCCAUACAAAUCUGUGGCUACCUUUUCUGUGUGCCAAAUAGUUAGCUCUUAAAAUUUUUCAAUUUACUACAGGUUGAGAAUCCUUUUGACUUAUUCAGCCUGGACCUUUCUGGGUGAGUGUUAGGUCACCCAGAGGGGUCCAGGUCAAAGUCUAACUAUCAAAAAUUUUUUCUUUUUAAGCAUUUUAACUGCAUAGAGUAUAUAGACAUACAGUCUACACCUAAAUGUGUGACCUAGUAAAAUUAUAUUAUAGCCCCUAUACAGUGUAUCCUUUACCCUGUAUCAGGGUAUAAAUUAUAUAAAUCUGAACAGUUGUUUUAUAACAACAGUUACAGCAGUUGUUUACAAGUACUGACUGCCAGGAUAUUUAACUAGACAUUAAACAUGUCUAAUGUUUCGUUUCUUAGAGAAGCAUUAAAUAUUUUUAAUACUGUUUGUUACAUUAAAUAAGUUUAUAAAGGUUAAAUAAAUAAAUAUAAACUGAAGACAUUUGUUAUGCUCUUU